ACUUUCGUCGUCUGAAGUCAAUCAGACAAUUGCAUUGAAAUCUCGGAAAUAAUUGGCUGUUUAAUUUAUAUUUUUUAAAUAAAUUCAUUAAAUUUUACGAACAAGGAUGGGUGUUUAUCAUUGAUAAAUUACUAAAUUAAAUUCCUGAUGCUUUUUUUGUUGAGAAUUUAAAUCUAAUGAAAACAUUGAUUUAUCUUUUUGUGAUAAAACUAGAUAUACUUAUUUGUCGACGGCAAACAAAUACCUCGCCGAUAUCUUCAUUCCGAAAGCGUUCGUUGAUACAUCAACUGAAUCGUGCACUUUGUAUUUGUCCGGGACAUAUUUUAAUGGGCGGUUCUAGCUUGAGCACGUGUCUUGCGGUAAAUUUAUUAUUGAGAACAGUGAUACCUUCUCAUAUUUAAUGUGACAUUAUAUUAAGUGAUUAGCGUUGCGGUUUUCAGUAUAUGAUAAUUGGGAAAUUAAUUGUAAAUGAUACUAGAAUAUUUAACGGUGUAUUCAUGCAUGUGAUUAGUUUUUAAUCAUGGAUUAUUUUUUAUUAAUCGGAUAAUUGUAUGAAUAACAAUUUCUAGGAAAACGUAUGUGCAUAACUGCUGACAAUAGCAAAACAGGAAAUUUAGGUUGCAAUUCAUUUCUUAUGUGCCAAGCUUGGCAAGCGCAGGUUAAAAUUUGUGCUAUUUAUUCUACACGGUGUUAGCAAAUUCACGACAGAAGCACUGACAAAUACUGCAGUAGAUUUGUAUGGACUACUAAUAAACGGUGCAUUUUCUGUUGAAAUAAAAAAGUGUGUUAUUUAAUUCCCUGCGUAAGGUAUUUAAACAUUAUUCACCAAAAUGAUGUAUGACACGGGAUCGAGCUCAAGUACACUCAGUUCAAGCUGCGGGAGCAUCGAUGACAGGCUUAUCAGGCCAAGACAACGGGUAAAGAGGAUACGUCAAGACUCAAUCACUUCAGUAUCCACAAAUCCAGACGAAGAGGCUUAUGUCAUGGUGUUACAGAACCGUCAAGGUCUUUAUGCUAACGUCAAAAGUUCUACGUCAUCAUUGAAGGAAGAAAAUGACGUCAUGUUUUUAGUUGGAGAGGACCAAACGCCCGUUAACGGUGUCCGGUCGAUUUUAACCAAAAGGAACAGAUUGCUUGGUCAGUUAAUUACAUCUUUUGAAAAGAAUAAGAAGGCUGUAGAAAUAGCAAAAAGUUCAAAAGUGAAGAAAACCCUAAAAAACUUAAAAAACAAGCUGAUAAAUGCCGGUUACUCCGGGUCGCGGAAAGGGAAGAAAAUUUUGGUUUUUUAUGAAAGAUUUUUUUCCGUUUUUCCAAAGAGUUUAUAA